AUGGCUAAAGCUUAUAGAAUAGAAGUUUUUGAUUACAUUAUGUCAAAGGUUGGUAAGAUUGGUCCAAGAGUUAAGGAAUAUCUGAAGGAAGCUGGCUAUGAAAAAUGGUCUCGAUGUCACUCCCCUGUUAAUAGAGGUAGAAUGAUGACCUCAAAUAUAGCCGAAUGUAUUAACGGUUGUUUGGUAGAGGCUAGAGAACUUUCUAUCAUAGGUUUCCUCGAAAAAGUUAGGAUUUUAUUUGCUGCAGGAAAUUGUAAUAACAAUGAAAUUGUUAAGGCAGCUGGUAGUUAUCUGUACUGUGUAUAUGAAUCAGGAAGGAGGUACAUUACUAAUAUUGAUCAUGGCACGUACAAUUGUUAUUGGUAUCAAAUUGAUGAAAUACCAUGUGCACACGUAAUUGCCGUUUUAAAGAGUAAAAAUUUUGAUGUAAAAGAGUAUGGACGUUACUGCUCAGAAUUGUACAGGCCAAACACCAUUGUCAAGAUGUAUGAACUGCUAAUAGUUCCUAUGCUGGACACGAAGGAUUGGAACGUUUUAGAAUUUAUUAAUGCUGAAAAAGUUCUGCCACCCAAAUACAAAGGACCUUCAAGUAGGCCAAAGAAAGGAAGGCAUUUGAAAUCUAGUGAAUCACUUACUGCAAGUUCAAACCAUUGCGGUAAAUGCGGGCGUGCAGACCACAACUGGAGGACGUGCGAUUACUUUUUAAAAGAAUGUUGA